AUGCUAGUUUUGUACAGAUUAAAAUUAAUACUUUUCAAAAUUUAUUGCUUUUUGCAGGAACGACGAGCACACGAAUUGACAAAACUUGAAUUGCAAAAAUUACAGAAGUACUUUGAAAUGGUACCAAAUUACAAUUUUAUUAUUUUGUUAUUUUAUUGUGUCCUUGUUCUCUUCACUACCAUUGUGAAUGUAAUACUGAAUAUACUUAUAAUCCCUAAUAAUCUUAUUUAUAUUCAAACCUUUACCGAAAGAAAAGUUGUUAUAUUUAAUAUGAAAACCACUCUACCAUAA